AUGCUGCAGGGGAAGCUCCAGAGCCAGGAGGAUGAUUUCCGUCUCCAGAACAGCACUCUCUUGCGUGAGCUGGCCAAGAUCGAGGCACUGGAGGAGGAGAACCGGCAGCUGCGGAAUGGGGGGCCCCCAGCACCCCCCCGUGACCCCCUGGCCUCCGUGGAGCCCCCCCAUGAUGGGGCCACCGGUGACAGCGGGACACCUACAGAUGUCCCCCCGGAGCCCCCCAAGGAGGUGCAACUGGCAGAGGAGGGGGCCGGGGGCGACACUCCUGCCAGGGAACCCCCAGCACCCACUGCUCAGGCGGAGGUGGCCCAGCUGCAGGCAGAGGUGGCCAAGGAGCACGCGGCAGCCGCUCGUGCCCGGGCAGAGGAGCAGGCAGCCGCUCGUGCCCGGGCAGAGGAGCACCAGGCCGAGCUGGAGGGACGUGUGGGGGAGCUGCAGGCAGCGCUGGGGGAUGCUGAGCGGCAGCGGGAGCUGCAGGAGGCCGAGGGCCGGGCGCUGCGCCAGGGACGUGUGGGGGAGCUGCAGGCAGCGCUGGGGGAUGCUGAGCGGCAGCGGGAGCUGCAGGAGGCCGAGGGCCGGGCGCUGCGCCAGGAGCUGAAGGAUGUCCGGGAUGGGCAGCGCAUCCUGGAGAAGAAGGGCAGUGCUGCGAAGAGUGAGGGGCUGCUGCCGCCCGAGUUCCGCUCCUUCGCCGUCGACCCGCAGAUCACCUCGCUGGACGUGCUGCAGCACAUCCUGGCCCGCGCCUUCGACCUCCAGGGGAAGAAGAGCUUCUCCGUCAGCUUCGUGGCCCGCGACCCCCAGGGCCAGGAAACCUUCGUGCCGCUGCUAAGCGAUGGGGACCUGGCAGCCGCCUUCGCCUGCGCCCGGCCUGUCCUGCGCCUGCGCCUUGAUGUCCGGCCCCCCGCUGAAAGCCCGCUGCUGGAGGACUGGGACAUCAUCAGCCCCCGAGAGGUGGCAGCGGCAGAGCCCCUCCCCGAGCGCCGCUCGCUCCUGGCCGCAGCACUACCCUUCACCCAGGCCCUGCUGGCACAGGUGGGCCGGACACUGGCCCGGGCGCAGGCAGCCCUGCUGGCACUGGUGGGGGCGGCUGUGCGCAAGGACGUGGUGCGCACCGACCGGGGACACCCCUAUUUCGGGGGCCCCGAGGAGGGGCACCCCCACCUGGCUGCCUUGCAGGCUCUGCUCACCACCUUUGCCCUGGGCCACCCACGCCUCUCCUACUGCCAGGGCAUGUCGGAUGUGGCCGCCCCGCUGCUGGCCGUGCUGGACGAUGAGGCCCAGGCCUUCCUCUGCUUCUGCGCCCUCAUGCGUCGCCUCGGCCCUCGCUUCCGCCCUGGCGGCCGGGGGCUGGCCCGCGCCUUUGCCCACCUCCGACGCCUCCUGCGCCGUGCCGACCCCCCGUUCUGGGCCUUCCUGGCCGCCCGCGGUGCCCACGACCUGCUCUUCUGCUACCGUUGGCUGCUGCUGGAGCUCAAGCGGGAGUUCGCCUUUGAGGACGCCCUACGGGUGCUGGAGAUCACCUGGAGCUCGCUGCCGCCCGCCCCGCCGCCCCCCCCGGAUGAGGUGGACAGCGGUCGAGGUGGCCAUGAGGCCUGUGGGGAUGGCCAGGAGGGUCCCAGGAGAUCUAGUGACAUCCAAGAUGGUUCUAAAGCUUCCGUGGAUGGCCCAGAGGCUCCUGCAAGCUCCAUCGAUGACCAAGAGAAACCAAAGAGCUCCAGCAACGUCCAAGAGGGUGCCGAGAACUCCAGGAACAUCCAGAAGGAUCCUAAGAGCUUUGGGGAUGACCAAGAGGGUCUUGAGAGCUCCAGCAACGUCCAGGGUGGUUCCAAGAAAUCUGGGGGCAACCACGAGAAGCCUGAGGUCUUUGGGGAUGUCCAGCCUAGUCCUGACGGCUCCUGGAAUGACCAAGAGGAUCUGAAGAUCUCGCGGGACGUCCGCGGCAGUGCCAAGGUCCCUGGGGAUGGCCAGGGUGGCCUUAAGGCUUCCGGGGAGGUCCAAGGUGGUGCUAAGGUCCCCAGGGGCAUCCAAGAGGAUCCCAAAGUCUCCAGUGAUGGUGGCCAAGACCCUGAUGGUCCCAAGGACACCAGAGACGACCCCGAUGUCUCUAAGAAGGUUGACCAAGACCUUGGCGUUCCCAAGAAGAUCAAUGAAAGCGCCAACGCUUUCAGGGAGAUCGGAGAACAACCAAACAUCUACAAGGCGGUUUGUGGAGACCGUGAUGUAUCUAAGAAAGCUUGUGAAGGUCGCAAUAUCUCUAAGAAGGUACGUGAAGACUUGAAUACCCUGGAAAAGGUCAGCGAUGAUCACGGCGUUUCCAAGAGGACUGGGGGAGACCCUGACAUGCCCAAAGAGAUCGGCAAAGACCCCAAAGAGAUCGGCAAAGACCCCAAAGAGAUCAGCAAAGACCCCGAGGUCCACAAAGAGGUUGGUGACACCCUCAAAGAGAUUGACAACGCCCCCAACUCCCCCCAAGAGGUUGGUGAAGACCCCGGAGAGUAUGGACCAGUACAGCAUCUUGCCCAGGAUCUCUUUACUCGUGUGGCCUUGCAUUCUCCCAGUAUGGACCAGUAUGGACCGGGUGGGAAGUGGAGGUUCCCGGACGCCUGGGUCCCCAGCUUGGGCAGGGGUGGGGAGGGGCAGUACUAG